AUGGCGCCGUACAGCUCUGAUCCUGGCUCUUUCCCUGAGCCAGUGGAUCUCACCCACUUCUUGUCAAGAAGCACGAAAGCGCGCGAAGCAUCCUCAAUCAAGCAAUUUUACAAGUACUUCCAGAUUCCCGGAAUUGCUCAAUUAGCCGGAGGUUUACCGAACGACCACUACUUCCCAUAUGACACGCUCGAAGCCAAGGUUGCGCACCCGAACCGAUGGCAACCAACGCCAAACAAGCCCGUCGAUCCGCCUGCCGAGGACCCUCCCACCGCCCAGCUGAAGAAGAGGUCCAUCUCAGAGCGUAAAGAGAAGGAGCCACCAGCGUCGCGGCUUGUUGUACCUAAAUACUCCAACGUGCAGGACCCCCUUCGCAUGAUCGACCUCAAGUCAGCACUACAAUAUGGCCAGGCUAUGGGAUACCCUGCCUUAUAUCAGUUCAUUCGGCAGUUUACGAGGGAGAACCUACAUCCAUUCGUGCCCUACAAGAACGGGCCUGAGGUCAUCUUGACCUGUGGCUCUACUGAUGGCUUUUCCAAGACAUUGACUGCCCUCAGCAAUGAGUGGUCAGCUGAUCAUGACCCUGUUGACGAGAGGCCGGGUCUGUUGUGCGAGACAUACUGUUACAUGAACGCCAUCCAGACUGCCAAGCCACGAGGUUUCAACAUUGCUCCAGUAGCCAUUGACGACGAGGGAAUGAUGGCGCAUGGAAAGGGAGGUCUUCAGGACGUUCUAGAGAACUGGGACUUCUCAAAGGGCCGCCGACCACAUAUCAUGUACACCGUCACCAUCGGCCAGAACCCUACGUCGGGCACUUUGUCGGUACAACGAAGAACCGAGAUCUAUGCUCUCUGCGUCAAAUACGACGUUAUCAUCGUCGAGGAUGACCCAUACUGGUACCUACAGUACCCAUCAUCAUCGCCCAGCAGCGCUCCUCCCAAGCCCACCAAAUCUUCUGGGUUCGAAUUCCUGGACAGUUUGAUUCCUUCAUACCUCAGUGUAGACUACCAAGGCCGUGUCGUACGUCUCGACACUUUCUCCAAGACUGUAGCACCAGGGUGCCGUCUUGGUUGGAUCACCGCGCAACCCGCACUCGUAGAACGUCUCCUUCGCAUUACCGAGACUUCAACUCAGCAGCCCUCCGGUUUCGUGCAGUCUAUGAUUGCAGAAUUGCUCAUGGGCCCUCAGUCAUCCAACGAUCCUGGAAGAGGAGGCGCGGCUGACGGCAGUGGUUGGAAAGUUGAUGGCUGGGUGCGCUGGUUGGAGGGUCUUAGGGGCAACUAUGAGCGUCGAAUGUCGAAGAUGUGCGAUGCACUCAACGCUGGAAAGGAAGUCGUCAAGGCUGGGCGUCGAAGAAGUCUCAUCGAUGUCGUAGAUGAGGAAGAGGAUUGGGCUGUGGUCGAAAAGACAAACAUGUACUCGUUUGUUCGUCCUCUUGGCGGCAUGUUUGUUUGGGUGCGCUUUGACUUUUCAUCCCACCCACUCGCCAAGCAAGUACCCGCUGGCCGUCUUUCCAAGGCUCUCUGGGUGUUCUGGACAUCGAAGCCAUACCUGUGCCUCGUAGCACCAGGUACCAUGUUCGCGGCCAACGAUGAGAUCAGGGCCAACGAUAGUUUCAACUGCUUCAGGUUGUGCUUCGCUGCUUGCCCUGCGGAAGAUGUCGAUGAUAUCAGCCAGAGAUUUGUAGAUGGUGCGCAAGCAUUCUGGAGGAUCAAGAGUAAGAGCAAGAUUGACAAACUAUUGGAGGAUGAAGAAACCUCGAUUGCGGGUGUUGAUCACGUCGCUGGUAUGGCAGUGUUGACGGGUAUGUGCUGA